UGUUAUGAAAGAAUAAAAUAAGCUACACUUACACCUACUGGCCACAGACGGAUAACACUGAUAGCUGCCUUUCAUUUGUUUCUCUCCAAAUUGUGGGCUAUUAUCGUGAGAAAACUUCUACCCUUGUUCGAGAGUACGUGGAAGUUACGUCACUUUUAACUUGACAAGGUUGCGGUGCAUUUCUGGAUGGUGUAGCCUGAGUGGGUGUCGUGAAAGCUGUAAUGUACGAGCUCGGAGUGGAAACGUGAAUGCAACAAAAGUCCGGUCUUCAGAGUUGUGACAGCUACCAUCAUGGAGGAAAAACAAAGCAACGCCAACUUCCCACCAGACCCUGGAGGAGCAGCAGCAGCAGCAACAACAGAUCAUGAGCUGGAGAAAAUGACCAGUCGCCAGCUGACCGAACAGAGCCGCUUCGCUUUUGCUGCUUUGUGUGCCGUUUCCUUGGGCCAGCUGUUUUCUGCGUCUGAAAACAGUGCGUUUAGGGAGCAGUACCUGCAGGACUUGGUCCAAUGGCUGGGUCUGGACCAGUCGGUGAUGCCAGUCAUGGGGGCUUUCCUGUCUGGACUGGGCUAUGAGGGCACAGACACCUUCCUCUCCAUUCUACAGGCAGAUCUGCUGGUGGCAGCAGGAGCCACGCCCAUCAUACAGGAUCUGGUGUCUUUGUCUGUCAAAGAUGGUCAAUAUGAUGCCAGAGCGAGAGUCCUGAUCCGUCAUGUGAGCUGUUUGCUGCGAGUGUCUCCUCAGCAGCUGGAAGAGCUUGAGGAGACACUGGGAGAGAUGCUGAGGGAGGCAGGAGAGGAGAGCGAAGAGGAGUCAUGCCGCCGCAGGAGGAGAGAACGAGGACGAAAGCUGAGACGCUACCUACUGAUUGGCUUGGCCACCGUGGCGGGAGGGACCAUGAUCGGCGUGACAGGUGGACUAGCGGCUCCGCUGUUGGCAGCUGGGGCCGGCUCUGUGCUGGGGGCCGGUGGGGCCGCAGCUCUGGGCUCAGCCGCUGGUAUUGCUAUAAUGGCCUCUCUGUUUGGAGCUGCUGGAGCUGGACUGACUGGAUAUAAAAUGAAUAAGUGUAUUGGGGCCAUAGAAGAGUUUGAAUUUCGACCAAUGAGCUCUGGAAAGCAUCUGCACCUGACCAUAGCUGUGACCGGUUGGCUCUCCAGUGGGAAAUACAGUUCGUUCCAGGCCCCGUGGUCCAGCCUUGGGGAGUGUGGCGAGCAAUACUGCCUGGUGUGGGAGUCACGCUUCCUCCGGGACCUGGGCUCCGCCAUGACCUCUCUACUGGAUGGGUUGGUCAGCAUGGUGGCUCAGGAAGCCCUGAAGUACACCGUGCUCUCAGGCAUUAUGACGGCUCUGACGUUGCCUGCAUCUUUGCUAGCGGCGGCCAGCGUCAUCGACAACCCCUGGUGUGUUUCUCUGAACCGCUCGGCUGAGGUGGGCAAACAUCUGGCUCAGGUGCUGAGGAGCAGGCAGCAGGGGAAGCGGCCCGUCAGCCUCAUAGGUUUCAGUCUUGGAGCCCGAGUCAUCUACUACUGUCUGCAGGAGCUUGCUAAUGAUGAAGGUAGUGAAGGAGUGGUAGAGGAUGUGGUCCUCCUCGGGGCUCCUGUUGACGGCUCUGAGAAGUCCUGGGAGAGAUUGGUCAGGGUGGUGGCAGGAAGAAUAGUCAACGGCUACUGCAGAGGCGACUGGCUCCUGGGGUUCCUGUACCGAAGCUCAGCUGCACAGCUGUCUGUCGCUGGACUGCACCCAAUCAACAUCCAGGACCGCCGCAUAAUUAAUGUGGAUCUCUCAUCUGUGGUGAAAGGCCACUUGGACUACAUGCGUCAGAUGGACACCAUCUUGGUGGCAGUGGGAGUUCCCACCAGAGAAGUAGCAGGAGCUUCAUUUGUUCUUCCUCAGUCUGUAAGAGCCGCUCAGAAGACCGUGGACAAUCUGGACCGGGCAAAAGAGCAGCAUCGAGUGAGCAAGACUCAAAAUCCUGCUAAGAAAGACAAAACAUUGUCACAAGAGAACGCAGACUGGAGGUACGAGACAGAGGACAUGGCCGAUGGCUGGGACAUUCCUGACAUCACAGAUCUGCUAGAUUCGCUGAAUGAGACGGAACCAAACGACGGAGUCUCUGUUUUAAACAAUGUUUCCCCUAACGACGCUACAUCCUCUAAUUUCAUUGCUUAGAACAGCAGAGAGGUGACCCCAAUGAAAUAUACUGAAAUAUUAAAAGUUCAAGGUAUGUGAAUACUUUUGCAAACCACUAUAUGUUAGUUUGGUAAAAGUUCAAUGCAUUGCUCUGUCCAGAGGGUCUGCACCCUCAGGUAAAUAAUUACUUCCUGGAGGUGUGGCCUCUGUUGAGGUUUUUAUUUCUACACAACUGACUUAAUGUUCCAGUUGGACGCUAAGAAGCUUACUGGACAUUGUUUGCACUAUAAACAACUACCCUCCCAAAAGCCAGCUUCUGCAACCGAGGAUCGGACUGCCAGGGCCACCUCCCUUGGCCGCCACCCAUCUGACUUCGCACCCGACCCCUUUGGCCCCUCUCACAGGCAAUGUACCCUUUAAGCUGCGCGCCUGCGCAAUCGCGCACUGCUCACAUAUUCUCAACGCACAAGAAAAUCUAUGUAGCGCAUAAAAUAAAGUCCAACGUAAAGUGGACAUUGAGCUCAGACAUCAGUUUUGACUAUGGACCAAUAAAAAAAAUUUUCCGUACUACUUUGCGAUCGAACUCAGUGAGUGACAGGAAUCCAGCCAAUGAUACGGUACGGUUCACUUUCGCUACGCAGCCAAUCAGCGAAUGCUGAUUGGCUGUGUGUACGUGGGUUACGUGCCUUGGUCAUAUGCGCCGUGCAGGUGAGAAUAGUGCGGUAGAGUUAAGAAACGUGAAAGUCAUCACCUUAUCAUGUUUACGUGGGACAUCCACUCACCAAGCCAAAGUAAAAAAAAGAAAUGCACUUCUUCUAAGAUCAAAUGGAAUCAAAUCAAAUGAAAGGAAUGGUCUGCAUUUGAUAUGAAAUGUUGAGUUCAGACUUUUGACUAGGAUAAGCAGACAUUUGUACUG